CGGUAAGGCUUCCCAAAUUAGCCUACUUCUCUCUCUUCUAUAGGCAUGGCCACGGUUGCAUCCGGUGGAGCUUCCAUCGGCCUUAUCAAUCCUUGCAACUCCCAUCAACUAAUAAAACACCCAUCUCCAUUUCUUGGCACCAAGUUCAAACUCAAGCUCUCUUCCAAAGCCAGCCCCUCAAUUCCUAAAACGCCUGGAGUUUUGUCCUUGAAAGCUCAACUCAUUGAUGCAGUUCGUGCUUUCUUUGUGGGAGUGGGGGUGGGGUUGCCAUGCACCGUCAUGGAGUGUGGUGAUAUCAUAUAUAGAAGCACUUUGCCCAAGCCCGAUGGGCUAACCCUAACCGUGCCGGGUGCUAUUUUGGCUGUCGGUGCUCUGUCUUAUCUCUGGGCCACUCCAGGUGUCGCUCCUGGGUUUUUCGACAUGUUUGUUCUUGCUUUCCUUGAGAGGUUGUUUAGACCAACUUUUAAGAAGGAUGAUUUUGUUUUGGGAAAGAAGCUGGGUGAGGGUGCUUUUGGUGUCGUCUAUAAAGUUUCAUUUGCUAAUAAGAAGCCUAAUUCAAAGAAAGAGGGUGACUUGGUGGUGAAAAAAGCUAUGAAAUAUGGUGCAGUGGAGAUCUAGAUGAAUGAGUGUGUUCGAAGAGUUUGUGCAAACAGUUGUGCUGAUUUU